UACUCUGGGCCGGUCAACGUGGAUUUUUAUUGCUUCUCUGUGUUUUAGAUAAAAAAAGAUAAGACAAGUUUUGACAAGAACACUACUUCCUUUUUGCCAAAAAGAGAACUUAAUCACCGUGUUUAUAUAAAGGAUUUGCAAGAUGUCAGCUGGCUGUGUACUUGUAACAGGAGGGGCAGGGUUUGUAGGAUCCCACUCUGUGGUAGAGCUGGUCAAAGCUGGCUACUCGGUGGUUGCCUUAGACAAUCUUGUCAACGCUAGUAUGGAGAGUAUGAAGAGAGUGGAGAUGAUCACUGGCCAGAAGGUUCCAGCGUGCAAAGUGGACCUGCUGGACAAGGCAGCACUCCAGGAUCUCUUCAAACAGCAUAAAUUCACAAGCGUGAUUCAUUUUGCGGGUCUGAAGGCUGUGGGGGAAUCCUGUGAGCUUCCCUUGUUAUACUACAAAACAAACGUUGGGGGCACAAUGAAUCUCCUCGAGGUAAUGAAAGAGAAUAAUCUGAAGAAUCUGAUAUUCUCAAGUUCAGCAACAGUAUACGGCACACCUCAGUAUCUUCCCCUUGACGAACAGCACCCUAUAGGGGGAUGUACCAGUCCAUACGGCAAAACCAAGUACUUUAUCGAAGAGAUUCUCUGUGAUCUUGCAAAAUCAGAUACUGAAUGGAACAUUGUAUUGUUACGCUACUUCAACCCCGUGGGAGCCCACAAGUCUGGCACCAUUGGAGAAGACCCACAAGGGCCCCCAAACAACCUCAUGCCAUAUAUAGCACAGACUGCCGUCGGCAAGAGGAAGGAGUUAAGCAUAUACGGUUCGGACUAUGACACACCUGACGGAACAGGAGUGCGAGACUACAUCCACGUUGUGGACUUGGCUGUGGGACACGUGGCAGCACAGAAGAAACUGGACGAGAAAUGUGGCUGUAAGUUAUACAACUUGGGAACUGGAAAAGGGUUGUCUGUUUUAGACAUGCUGAAAGCCUUUGAGAAAGCCUCGGGAAAAUCAGUGCCUUACAAACUGUGCCCACGAAGAGAAGGUGACGUAGCUUCCUGUUAUGCAGAUGCAGCCUUAGCAGAGAAGGAGCUCGGUUGGAAGGCAACGCGGGGUCUCGAUGAAAUGUGUGAAGAUCUAUGGCGAUGGCAGUCACAGAACCCAAAUGGAUACAAGUCGUCCUAGUGUUAACAGUACUAGUCAUUCCGGAUUGUCAUUGUGAUGUAUGGGCCUGUCACCUGCUGUAUCAUGUGACGUAUCAUGUGAUAAUCAAGCCAAAAAAUCAAAUCUUGGGGCUUCAGAUCUUCAGCAUUUCAUUUUUGUUAUUUCUGUUUUUCUUUUUGAGGUAUUUUUCUUUUUAGACUGCUUUAGCCUGAGACUAGCUCUAUAGGGGUGGACUUAUCACUUGUAAAAUGUCUUAUAUGUAAAAAUUGGGGAUCGCCGAUUGGUCAAUUAGUGCUUGUUACAAUUUUCAAACAUCAAACCUGCCUUAACGACCUUUGAAGGGACGCAGCAAACUACAUCCCAGAACUAAUAAUAAUAAUAAUAAUAAACUUUAUUUAUUGAGGAUACAAAACCUGUUUAGCAAAGCUAAUCUUCCACAG